CUUCUUUAGCAAAGUCUAAAUGCUAGUUUCUGGAAAUUAAGUGUGCAGAAUUAGAGCACAUGAAGACACUUCAGAGUGAGUGUGUGCUGCCAUGUGAAGGAGAGCUUUACUCCUUGCAGCUGUUGUUCAAGACAGGCGUCAAUGGAAGUCAAGGUUUUAAUGAUGUCAUAGUCUGAGUUGAGAAGUGGGGGGAGUGAACGCAAUAUUGUGCAGCUCUCGACAUGAAUGAACAUCACUUUUUGUGACGUGGCAAAGAAGUUACAGAAACAAAUUAGAAUAAAUUUAAACUUUAUGUGAACUGUGAAGAAGAUCAUGGCACCGAAUAUUCAUGGUUCUUUGUGUUUUUAGCCACAGUAGUAGCACAGAUGUGUGAAAGCUCAAUACUUUUACCUGUAUUGAAAUGGCUCAACAAAUGUUGAAUGGAUUGUCAUGAAAUCUGGAAUAGAAAAUUAAUCCAUAUGGUUUUUGGUGUUCCCCUGAUUUGUCCUCGAGUGCCAUCAGCCUGUCAGUUUGUUAAAUAUAUCUUGUAUCGAUAUGAUAGAUUGGUGCACAUUUUUGUGCAGAUAUAUAUAGUUAAUGGUGAAUCUGUUGACUUUUCUUUGAGUACUUGCCAUUUCUCCAUUUCUUACCUUUUUUUUUCAAAACUAUCAACAUUCCUGUGCUUUGUGCAAAAUAAUAGCAUACCAAUAAGGGAAACUCCAGUGGUUGGCAUGGCAACAUGACACCUGCUCAUCAGCAUCUCGUGAGCUGACAUUAGCAUUAAGCAUUUAUAUUCUCUCACGUGUGGAUGGACAUAAUGUUAGGAGCACUUCCAGAGGAGUGAAAAAUUAAAGGCAAUAUCAACAUAAAGUGAGGUGUUGGCCCUUCACGUGCAACAUUAGUGCACCUUAGCGCACCUUAGCAGUGAUUCCACAAGGGAUGAAACUCCUCUUCAUCCAUAAGAAAUUCUCUCAAUUGGUGCUUUUGGUGUCCAGCAUGUCAGUCCACACUCUCACAAAGGUGUUCACUUGAGCUGAAAUCAGGUUCCUGCGAAGGCCAUAGUGUUGUUUCACAUCAUUUUCUUGUUCAUCAAACCAUUCAGAGCCCCAUGCAUGGAAUUUUCUUGCCACAGCUCACCCGAACCAGAAAGUCUGUGUUCAGUUUUGAGAGACAAUAUUGUUUUAAUUGCACAGUAGGGAUGAUGUAAUUUAGCCCUGAGUCCUCUUCGACAGGAGUUUCUCUCCAUCCUCCUCUUGUGCUUUCCCCGAUGCAGUGACGUCAAAGUGCAAAUGGUAGGUGCUCCGGGUCUGAACGGGCAGCUUGUGUGGUUGAACACUCGUUCUCACAUGCCAUCUGCUCUUACACGAGCUCUGGACGCUCGUGCCAAAGGAGACCCGCGAGCAUAGAGACCUUUUUGUCGUCACUCAGCUGGCUUUAUCCGCCUCUGUGCCUCUUCACUGUGCAAUCUGGUGCAUGGCACUGAUCACUGCUCACUUCCAGGCCUGCCUCAGUCCAAUGUAUGGGGAGAAAAGCCCGUUCUGAUAGCCAAGAAGCUCAGCAUACCCCUCCAGCUUUUGUGCUCUGUGUGAAGCAAGUUCAGUUGCAUUUUAGAUGUCAACAUAGAGAAGGAGAUCAGGGCAAGAGGAUAAAAAAGCAUGAGGUAUGGAUCGCAGCAGGUUACAUCACAAGUGCACUAACUGAAAAUAUGAAUGAUGCAUGUACACAUUUUGAUUUUUGACUUGUAAGUACAGGUUUUAUUUUAUUUGUAAGUUGAAGGGCCACCUCAUUUUACCCCACCUCCCCACCAAGCCAUUGUUUAGUCCAGUCAGUGCUGGUCUGUAUAUGCAGCCCCAUGUGAAUGCCUGAAAGCCUACACAGGUCAGGACUCUGUUGACAGCCUUGAGAUAGCUUUUGUUUUACACAAAUACAGCUUCUCCUGUAUCUUUGGCACUUUUUCCAGGAAAAGAAAAUUGCUUCUUCCCCCCGUAGGAUUUUGUCAGAUGAAUGGUAGCAACCUUUUGCCCCUCUUUUUUGCAUUUGAAUGACAGUAUGCAAACAAAUCCGUUUCACAAAACGAGGAUAGGUUCUAAUUGGUAUUUUGGAAAACUGGGGGGAAUUAAAAAUGCAGAGCUGUGUGGAAGAGGUUUAAAAUGUUUUUCUUAUAUCUGGAAGUUAGUUGUGCCAAUAGGUCUGGCUAUGUGAGACCAGAAGUUGGAUAUUUCCAGCCCUUGUCAGAAAGUCAUGUGAUUUGAAAUUUGCAAAACAUGUAAAAUUCAUAUGACAGAAACAAUUGCUUUCAUUCUCCACUGCCCAGUUCCCUCCAGUCAACAAUAAAACCCACAUUUUGAUGUCAUCAAAACCAACAUCAAUGCAAUCUGUCUUAUCUGGGCUGUUAUGUGCUUUCAUUUUUGCCUAAUCUUGUGGGCAAAGCAAUUUUUUCCUCACACUGAACCAGCUGAAAGCAAACAGUCUUCCACUAUAAUGACGAAAAAUCAGGCUCCAGGAAAAUAUGUCAUUCCAUAUAAAAUCCUCCCCCAACCACUGGUGUAAUAAAUUCAUUUAUUUCUCAGAACUCCAGUUUAUGCAUUGUGCGGACAAACUUUGUGGUUGAUGAGGACAAACUGUUCAGAUUUAUGCGAGCCUGGCCCGAACAGUGAAGUGGGUGAAGUGUAGGUGUUGUAUGGGGCUCAUUCAUUAUUCAUGAGCUGGGUGGGCAGAGUGUAAGUGGCAGUGACACACAGAAACUCAAUUUCUGAUGGGUAUCAACUCCUCAAGGGUUCUUGACCUGAUAUUUGAGGGGCUGAGGCAUUAAUUGCUAUACUACAUAAACAAGAAUAAUUUCCUGGAGAAAAGUCACUGGAUUAUUGAUGCAUCAGGGAAGCCACAGAGAUGGGGAGGAGAGAGCCCUGAUUUGACUUUACAUGAGCGUGCAGGAGAAUUGGUGACCAACGUUAGUACUGGACUAAAUGAACUGUAAAGAUGGGGACACUGGUCGAACCAGCGCUGCUGCUACUUCUAUGGCAGAGUGUUUGGGCUUUGGACAUUCCUCUGGAGGUCAGACAACCCCCAACCAUCAUAAAGCAGUCAAUGAAGGAGCAUAUUGUUGACCCCAAAGAUACCAUGGUCAUCGAGUGUGAAGCCAAAGGGAACCCGCAUCCUAUUUUCUCAUGGAGGCGUAACGGGAAGUAUUUCAACGUGGCACGUGACUCCCAGGCAUCGAUGCGCAGGCGCUCAGGGACUCUGGACAUCUACACCAAGAACAAUCCAGAACAGUAUGAGGCAGAGUAUCAGUGCAUCGCCUCCAAUGAGUAUGGAUCAGCGUACUCCAAUAAGAUCAGACUACAGCUGUACAGAGCUCCUGUGUGGCCAAGGGAGAUUCUGGAGCCCGUGGUGGUCAGCGCUGGUUUGCCUCUGGUCCUGUCCUGUGACCCUCCGCCUGGCCCACCGAAACCUGAAACCUAUUGGAUGUCCAGCUGCUCAUAUGCGAGACCUUUCAACUGGCCAAUCCAGACAGCUUUCCCCACCAUGCAGGCUGUGUGGCCGGACCGCAGGGUUUCCAUGGGAGUCAAUGGAGAUCUGUAUUUCUCUAAUGUGCUGAUUAAUGACUCUGUUGCUGAUUACUGCUGUAAUGCCCGCUUCCCCUACAAGAAUGUCAUUCAACAGAAGAUGCCUGUGGUAGUGAAGGUGCUUACAACUCGUACGGUGUCAGAGGCUGCCCCCACCUGGUUGUCCCCCACAGGUUCAUCAAGCUCCAUACUGGUCUUGCAAGGAGAGGAGCUGCUCCUGGAGUGCAUUGCUGCAGGAAUGCCAACUCCCCACAUUACCUGGACCAAGGAUGGAGAGGACCUUGCAGUGACGUCACGCAUGAAAGUAAAGAACUUCAACAAGAUGAUUCAAAUCCCAAAGGCGUCCUUUGAUGAUGUGGGUGAAUACACCUGCACUGCUACCAACAGGCUGGGCUACAUCCAGCACACGAUAACUGUCAGGGUCAAAGCGGCUCCGUUUUGGUUAGAGAAGCCCACUGAUUUGAUUUUGGCCCCGGAGGAAAACGGGCGGUUGGUGUGUCGUUCUGAUGGGGCUCCUCGUCCCACAAUCAGCUGGUCCAUCAAUGGGGAACCAAUUGAAACUGCUGAUCCACAGCCUAACAGACAGGUGUCAGGAGACACGCUAAUCUUCCGUUCUGUGAGCGCUUCAAACACUGCUGUCUACCAGUGCAAUGCUUCAAAUCAGUUUGGUUACUUAUUGGCUAAUGCAUUUGUCAACGUGAUACAUGCAACCCCUCGUAUUCUUGGACCAAGAAAUGAACACAUAAAGGUGAUAGAAGGUAGUCAUGCUUUAUUAGACUGCCGCUACUUUGGGUCUCCAGUACCGGAGUUGAGAUGGUCCAGAUAUGGACAAGGAAAUCUUGAAGGAAAUCGCUUCAAGACCCACAGUAAUGGGACGCUGGAGAUCAAACGCAUACAGAUAGAAGACCAGGGAACUUACCUGUGUAUAAUCAGCAACAUCGCAGGAAGAGAUGAGAAUCAGGUCCGAAUAGAGGUCAAAGAACCCAUAAUAAUUGUUACAAAACCACAGAGUAUGAAAGUCAUGCGUGGAACUGAUGUGCGGUUAGAGUGCGGAGUUAAAGCAGAUAUCACGACUCCUGUCACAACCAACUGGUUAAAAAACAAAAAGCAUGUCACUCUUGGCUGGAGGAUCUCUCUGGAUGAAUCAAAUCUGGUCAUCACUAAUGUAAACAGAGGAGAUGAAGGCAAUUAUACAUGUGUGAUCAAGAAUGAGCUGGACCAGAAGUCUGCUUCAGCACACCUAAUGGUGAUGGAUCGUCCAAAUCCUCCGACUAACUUGGAGUUGUCAGAUCCAUAUGAGCGGACUGUAAGACUCAGCUGGGUUCCUGGAGACAGCAACCACAGCCCCAUCACAGAGUACUUGGUGCAGUUUGACGAUGACGACUGGCUGCCUGGGAAGUGGAGAAACCUUUCAACGUAUCCCGGGACCCUCAACUCUGUCAUUUUGCACCUCGCACCUUUCUCCUACUACGAAUUCAGGGUCAUCGCCAUUAAUGAAAUCGGAGCGAGUCGCCCCAGUCGUCCUUCUACGCGCUUCCAGACCAGCGGUGCACCUCCAGAUGUCAUCCCAAAGAAUUUAAAAGGUGUGGGUACAUGGAGAAACAACAUGGAGAUCAGCUGGGAGCCUCUGACCUACAGAGAGUGGAAUGGACCCAAACUUAAGUAUUUGGUGUGGUGGAGAAGGAGAGAUUCUCGAGAGGAGUGGAAGAACGCAACCACAAAGUGGCUGAAAUACUACAUCUAUGAUGCCGACACCUUCACACCUUAUGAGCUCAAAGUCCAGGCUGUCAACGACUUUGGGUUGGGACCAGAGUCUCCUGUUGUUAUCGGGUAUUCUGGUGAAGACCGUCCUAUAGCUGCACCCCUGAACCUCAGAGUGUCUGACAUCGAGAGCACACAGGUGACUGUACACUGGGACACCGUGACACGAGGUUCUAUUAUGGGAGAAUUGAAAGAAUACAAGGUGUACUACUGGAGGGACAGCAGCCAGCUGAGGUGGCACUGGGUCAACAGAGCGAUGAAAUCCAAAUCGUUUCCAGACGAUGUGCCAGAGCCUUCUGGGAUUGUCACCAACCUUAUUCCCUAUAGCAACUACAAGAUGUACAUAGUGGUGGCAAAUAAUCGAUACGAAGGGCCGCCAAGUAAUAACAUACACUUUUCAACACCUGAAGGAGUACCAUCUGCUCCCACAUCCUUCAGGAUCCAACAGCGACAUCUGGAUAGUAUUUAUGUUGACUGGGACCUGCCAGCAGAGCCCAACGGUAUCAUUACGGGGUAUUCCCUCAAGUAUCAGACAGUGAAUGCCACCAGAGGAGAGGAGCUGAGAGUCGAGGAGUUCCCUCCUAACACAACCAGCUUCUCAAUCCGGAGAUUCGACCGCUACACUCGAUACAGAUUCUCAGUGGCAGCACGAACUCGGCUGGGGUUAGGGGAGUGGCACACAGAGGAGUCGCCCCACUACACCACAGAAAUAUACGCUCAGGACCAGGUGGACAUCACCACCCAGGGGUGGUUCAUUGGGAUAAUGUGUGCCGUGGCUCUCAUCGUGCUCAUCCUCCUCAUCGUGUGCUUCAUCAAGAGGAGCAGAGGGGGGAAAUACCCAGUACGUGAAAAAAAGGACAUUUCACUGGAGCCGGUGGAUGACAAAGAUCAAGAGGGUUCAUUUGAUUAUCGGUCCCUUGAAAGGAUCACACGUGUCUCCACUCUGCCCUACCCUCGGAGAGAGGAGGAAAGAGGGCUUCAAAGAGGCCAGCCAUCUAUUGAGGCUAUGAUGAAGCGAUCGGACAGCGAUGACAGUCUGGUGGAAUAUGGAGAAGGGGGCGAGAUACCAUUUAAUGAGGAUGGCUCAUUCAUUGGCCAGUACACAGGAACCAGGAGAGAUGUCAGGGAGUUGGACUUUGGUGGAAAUCUGGAGCUCCACUCACCGAUGAACACCAUCUACUCCCUGGCGUAACUUCAGACUGCCCUCCGCACUUCAUCUCAGCCAUUUGCCGCUGUGCUUGUACCGUUCAUUUCGAGUGAAGAACCUGAAGGAACUUGUAGGAGGAUCUAUAGGAGGAAACGGCAAGAGACUGAGAAGCUGUUCAGUCCUCCUUUUUCUUGGAGACAACAAAACUUUCAUGCAUUUGAGGAAGAAAAGAUGGAAAAGUUGGAACCAUCUUUCUAGAAAGAAAAGGAAGCUUUACCUUUUCUUUUGAGAUUAAAGAUACCGUGUGUUUGUGCACAUGCCUUCAAUUAUCCUUUCGAUGGAGAGACUCUGGCUGUGCAUCACACGGGACAGAAGUGGAUCAGUUUAUCAUGUUGAUAAAAGCAGUUGCAAGGACCAAAUUAACUACUGUUGUUGCAUCUUUUUCUUUCUACUAAUUUCAAGAACGAGAUUUGUGUUAUUUUUGUGUACUUGCGAUUUAAAAUAAGGACGGCACACCAAACUUUCACCAUCAGAGGAGCUUUGGUGUAAUCUCAGAAUGCAGACAUUCUCCACCAUGAUUCAUACACCAGAGCUGAACGUAUAAUGUGAGAGUGAGAAAGUGAUAGAUGAAGGAAAAUAUGAUUGCCGGGGAUAAUUCAUUCAUUCGUCAAUUUGCACUUUGGUCUAACGGAGAGACCUCAAACCAUUUAGGGAAUCAGCAAGCAGCCAUGAACCAGCUGUAAAAUCACAUGUUGCUCUUGAACUGGCCACCUUAAUUUAUAAUGAUUAUUAAUCAUUAUGUAACAGCGUUUAUUUGACUCCUAACAUUGUCUGUGUAUUAAGCCAGUUCUGCCUUAAUUUAAAUAAAGUGAGGGUAUUUAUUUCUAGCAUGUCUUAUAUGAAUGUGGAUUCUGCUGCUCUGUUUAAAUCUUAAAGGGAUAACCAGGUUUACUAUUCUUUGAAUAAAAUUACAAUUUCCCACA